UGGUGUAGUGACAGAUUUCCGCGGCAAGCAGCCCCUCAAUUUUUCAAGAAUUUUGCCAGAUUUCACAUCCUUCCAGGAGAAGCCCGCUCUGUGGUCCUUCUUUGCCACUCCUUCUCCAUCGAGUUUCUUAUCCUAACAGGUAAAGAAACUUUUGACGCUUCUGAUGUGAUCUCGGCUCGUGAUGUUCGUAACCAGCUUCCUUCGAUGAUUGAUUGCAUGCGGAACAAGUUUUUUUGGAUUACGAACGUAGCAUGUGAGCUGAGUUUUUUAUGUCCAGUUUGUUGUCAAGGACGUGCAGUGAACUACUGCCAAAAUCACGAUGCAGAAAGCUGCAGACAAGAGGAAUGUCUUCACUUCUUUCCAGAUUCUAAACUAGGCAAUAAUAUACAAGUCUUCUGCGACAGAUCCGCUACUGCACAAGAUAUCCGAGUGUCGGUUGGACACUUUGCGCCUUGGUUUCCAUCUGAGGAUGUUAAGCAGCCAAUGUCCGAUGAACAUGAUGGGGGACUCCCUUUCGUGGAAGAUGAGCUGCCGGAAAUGUUACCUGCCUUACCUUGCAACAUACAGAGAUCCCUUCAGCGGGUUAACCAACCGGAAGUUGAAGUAGCCAAUGAAAGUGCCGGAAGGCUCCUUCCUUUUUCACAUGGUCAUAGUGACACUUCCCUUGUCUUGCCUGUCGACGUUCUUGGAAUCCUUCGAUCAAAGACCAACAAUCCGAAAGAAGUAGUAGAUAAAUUAAUAGAGAAUCUGCAGCUGGAGCACACGUCACUGGAACAGCCAGAGCCUGAGACCAGGAAAUGGAUCCGGUGCCUGGCAAGAAAUGCAAAGUAUUCAAACAGGCGGGAUGUGGUUGAACACUUGAGACAGAUUACACCUCCAGGAACCAUGGGUAGGUGUGACACUGGCAUUGCAAAUGAUGAUGAUGACGAUCAGCCAAUGUCCGAUGAACAUGAUGGGAGACUCCCUUUCGUGGAAGAUGAGCUGCCGGAAAUGUUACCUGCCUUACCUUGCAACAUACAGAGAUCCCUUCAGCGGGUUAACCAACCGGAAGUUGAAGUAGCCAAUGAAAGUGCCGGAAGGCUCCUUCCUUUUUCACAUGGUCAUAGUGACACUUCCCUUGUCUUGCCUGUCGACGUUCUUGGAAUCCUUCGAUCAAAGACCAACAAUCCGAAAGAAGUAGUAGAUAAAUUAAUAGAGAAUCUGCAGCUGGAGCACACGUCACUGGAACAGCCAGAGCCUGAGACCAGGAAAUGGAUCCGGUGCCUGGCAAGAAAUGCAAAGUAUUCAAACAGGCGGGAUGUGGUUGAACACUUGAGACAGAUUACACCUCCAGGAACCAUGGGUAGGUGUGACACUGGCAUUGCAAAUGAUGAUGAUGACGAUUGACAAUUGAUGGCGGUUGACAAUUCUUUUUGGUGUUCUUCUCCGAUAGCUUUUGUUUUCUAAAUAUUUAUGUGCCAUGCUCAUGUCCUUUCUUAUGGCCUUGGGUUUGAGGUUGGAGUGGAUCUUAUUCUUAAGAUUGUGCUUUCAAACUUUUGUCAAAAGUGGAGUCAUUCUUUGGUGUUGUUUUGUUUUUGUUUCCUGUCUUCUAGCGGAAGAAAAUGUCCUCGACUUGAGUGAAUUAAUGCGAUGUGAACCGUUUGUCAAAAAUAAAACAUGAAAGGAAGACAGUCGAUUUCCAAGAUUUUGUUUUAAAAUAUGGUCCUGGGACAAAUAGAUUUUUGGCAAGUUCCAAGGAAUGACAGAGCAAUUGCGUCAAGACUGAUAUUUAAUGUUGCAAAAUAAUAAGCUUGAUUUAAGUUACCAUGAUUAAAGGUUUUGUAACUAAAUAGCGCACAUGGAAAGCUAGAGAAUAAUUAAAACCCAUAUUGCAUCAUCGAAAAUGUUUUCGCGCGGCUUAUUAAUCAUUAUCAUAUGACCCGUACGGCCCCUCGCGCAAUGUCCUUGCAAAACCAGAAGAAAAAAGGUCCCGUAUGAGGGCCGUACGCGUCGAAGUGAUAGGGCCGGAAAAACGCGUACGGCCUUACUAGAAAGGCGUGCGGCAAAAUCGAUGCGAGUUAAUGACAAAAACAAUUUUGCUGCUGCAAAAUUUUGUUUUCUUCAAAAUGAGUGAUGAAAGUGAACAUUCUGAAAGCGAAUUUUACUAUCCAGGCGAACUGUCCGAUACAGAACUGCUUCAUUCGCCAACCCACUCCGAAAGCACAGAAACAAAGUCAACACUCCUCAAAAAUGAAGAGGUUUCUAAGAAGCCAACAACAAGCAAACAGGCAGUUAGGAAGACAACUUUUCCGAAUGAAAUGUCCGAUAAUUAAUCUUUGGAAUAAGCAAACAGUCUUGAGGCGAAACUUCUUUCAGUGGAAAGCAUCAACUUGAAGAAUUCAUCGUGGGUCAAAAGCAAGAAAACAACGCGAAGAAAACAAAGUACGAUAUAAACGUUUUAUUCGAGUUUCCAGAGAUUCUGGGAGAAGUUGGUUAAACCACAGGUAGCCCAAGUUCGAUAUAUGAGAAGUUCAAUUUUUUGUUGACCUCUUUCAAAAUUUUGAAAGAGAGAGCAAACGGUGGAACUAUAACUCGAUGGAAACGCAACAAAUCCGCUAGAAAACCAAACAGAACGCGAAAGAACCACCGCUGAAGUUCAGGGAAGCAAUUUUUAUUAAAAUUCAACAAUAAUUUUUCGCAAUUUUCGGCUCUUUUACUCUCCCCAAACAAACCCCUGUAAAUAUGCAAAUCACGCAAAUUACGUGACAGUACAGACGUUAACAAAAAAAUUGAGCUUCUCAUAUAUCGAGCUUGGGCUACCUGUGGUUAAACCAGAGAAAUCACAAACGUCCCUUGUGUACAGUAGGAUAAAUUGCGCUGCACUUUCUACAUCAGUGUUGUUUGAAGAGACAAAACUGAGUAGGAACACAAGUUCAUUACCGUACAGUUCAUCAAGAUAAUAAAACUCGCUUGCUCCUAUUUAAUAGUGUAAUUUCCACUACACAGCAAAGGCAGCAAAGUCAGUAAACCCAGGCACUGUUUGCGAGAGCCAACAUCGUUGUCAUUAAUGUUCAGUUGUAGGUUCUCCAUUGUUCAAGAGAAUCCAAGAGGUCGACAAAUAGCUUAAAACGACGCCGAAAUUUUCUUGAGUCUUCAGACGAAGAAGAUUUGUGAACAAUUUCAGUAAAGCGUGAAGCGAACUUUUUUUACUCGCCAAGUUUUUGAUGGUAUUGACAUAUUUUUGACAGCGUUAUGUCAACUUUUUGUUGGCUUUUUAGACAGGUUAGCCAAUCCCGUUAGCCUGAAUUGUAAUUGUGGACUUAUAUUGAAAAACAAAAAUGAGAAAACAUCGUGUUUUUCGAUGAAUUGUGAAUUUCUUGUUCGACGCGAAGAAACGAAUGACAAGUUUUUAUUGUAGAAUCUUUUUGUAGUUAUUCCGCGCGCGGCCGUCUGAUGUUAGGUAAUCGCGUCGUAGUUAGGUUCAAACAGAAUUUUUAAAAUUUUCAACACUAAGUGGUCAUAUGAUAAAAUGCUUAUUGACCUGAGUAUAGUCGCGCCGAAAUCAGGACGGCGUUCAGUCCGUACGUCCUGACCUCGAGCCAAAUAUUUUCCCGUCCGGCCCUCCCACUCAGUCAAUAAGUACAUAGUAUUAUAUGGACAGAAGUGUUUUAGCUGAAAACUAAACCUCUCGUAGAAUCCAUAAAUCACUACAUUCGGGAACCGAGUGGCGUAUUUUCCGUACGUCACUCUUGCGAGUGGCGUAUCGGCAAAUGGCGUCACGAUUGCCGUCUUGAAUGAACUUGGUUUGUUGUUCGGAAUAACGGCGGCCGCUGGUAAAUUUGUUUUGUUGAGCGACAGCGAGGUAGUAUUGUGUUUUCCGAACAAAUGAGAACGAGAAAACCGAGAACAACGAAAAACGAUGUAAUAGGUUUUCAGGAAAUUUCUCGAAACGUGACAAAAAAAAAAUCAGAGAUUGAGGACAUUACGCCGGCGAAACGGCCAGUGAUUUGGAAGGACUUCGUACUUUGUGUGCGAAACUGAAAAAAGGAUAAGAAUACAAGCUCUCAUUCACCACAACCUUUAUCCAAAGCAUCGACCGUUAUCUGCAAGAAAGUAACUAUGGAUUCUAUGCAAUUUUGAUUACCUAAAACUAGGUCCGAUUUUGUUUUGCUUGAUUGUACCGACUAUCAUGAUGUUGUAGUGUGCUGAUUGCAGAAACCGAGUAUUUGCAAACAUGCAUGUAGUUCCAUCAGGCUGUCCAUAAAAUAACAAGACGAUCUAAGAUCGUAAGUCGGGCUGUAGCUAGACGUGCUUCUAGCUACGAGUGUUGAUAAUUUGCGGUGCGCAGCGAUUCUAAAAAUAGCAUGUACAGAUACAUGUCUCAAAGAAAUAUCAUUAAACCGUAAUCAUCUCGAAAACAUUGCUUAUUUUAACUGACCGAUCUGAGUUUAUAAUAAUACUGUCGCCGAGUGAGUGUUUAUAAUAGCCUGGAAACACUGUAAUAAGCUCGCAAUGGAUGGCACUUCUAAUAGUACACAUGCACCUGGGGGUUGGCUUCUACCAUAUUCGUCUCUUGCAUAUCUUAUAACUUCCAUUAUCAGUAUGAUAGAUACUGACACCAGUACAUUCUAUUGUCAGAGUAAAUGAAGAAUAGUUUUGCGACAAGAGUGAUUUAAAGGCCCUGUCUUUAGACAUAAUGUACUGAUAUCCCUCAAUUAUCGAAUCACAAUGAUGUAGAUUACCAGUGCAGCUUUCACUGUAAUUAAUUAAGCUGGUAAAUUAUUUUUCUCAGACAUAGCGAUCUCCAAUCAUUGACGAUAAUUCUGUUUGUAUUGAAUACGCCUGCCCUGAACAUUGCGACAGUGCUGAAUACAAUAAUUGAUUACCAUAUCCAUAUUUUGUACCAGGUCAUUACAGCUAUGUAUUCCCUUUAUCUCAUUAUAAAUCAAAGCGCUCAAACUCAUAGCAACACAUUGUUUUCCAGCAUCUUCACCAAAGUACAUAAUAUCACCUUGAACAUGUGGUGCCUAAUAAACAAUUAAAUUA